ACCAUAAAUAGCUAGCUAGCCAGUUGUUUUGAGAGAAGAAGAAAAGGGCUACAAGCGGAAGAAACACCGUAUUUGGUUUCGGAUAGCAUUCGGUUUAUGAUCCUGGGUUUCUUUUUUUUUUAUUUUAAACACAUUUUGAAUAAUGUCGACCCCGGCGAGGAGACGGCUUAUGAGAGAUUUUAAAAGACUUCAAGAAGAUCCUCCCACCGGUGUGAGCGGAGCACCAUCAGAGAACAACAUCAUGCUUUGGAACGCUGUUAUUUUUGGGCCUGUGGGAACACCAUUUGAAGAUGGAACAUUUAAGCUUCUGAUAGAGUUUUCGGAGGAGUACCCAAACAAGCCUCCCACAGUUCGGUUUGUGUCCAGAAUGUUUCACCCAAAUGUUUACGCAGAUGGCAGUAUAUGUUUAGACAUCCUUCAGAAUCGCUGGAGUCCCACAUAUGAUGUGUCGUCCAUACUAACCUCCAUCCAGUCGUUGCUGGACGAACCAAACCCCAACAGUCCGGCCAACAGCCAGGCCGCACAGCUCUAUCAGGAAAACAAGCGGGAGUACGAGAAGAGGGUGACGGCCAUCGUGGAGCAGAGCUGGGUGGACGUCUGAGCUUCUCUCACUCUUUGCCCCUUCCUCUCCAUCACCCCUCUCUUCAUUAUCCCAGUACUCCAGUCUCUCAUUUUUUACCUCAUCAAAAAAAAGGAAAAAAAACAGCAACUAUCAGAAGAACUCAAGUGCCACCCUGAAAAAAGGAAGAAUUCAAAAAACAUCCAGAGAACAACCAAACCAGAAUGGACAUUAACUUGCUUGCCAAUACAUUUGAGGAAAAUGAGGGAGGGAAAUCAAUCUUGUAUUUGUGUUUCUUGUCCUUAAUUUUACUUUUUUUUUAUUGCAUGAUGUGAAAUAAGUUAUUGCUAACAGAAUUGUAAUAUAUCUUUGUCAUUUGGUUGGAUUUGGUUUGACUGUUUUGAGUUUUACUAUUUUUUUUUUUCCUUUUGCAAUUUCUUUUAUUCUGUUCUUUCUUUUUUUUUGUUUGUUUUUUUUUGUUUUGUUUUGUUAUGUCUGCUGGUGUGCGCAACUUGACUGUUUGGAAAGGAGAGGUCGAUGACCAAAUCAGCAUAUUUUUGAAAGUCACGUAAGAGCCCAGGAAAUGCCUUUUCAGAGUCGGAAUCGUGGUUAUUCUCCAAGUUAGUCACAGACGCAGCUGAUGCAAGAACAAUACCUGAUCUUUUCCAGCAUAUCUCCUGUUAUUUUAAGACACUGUAGGUUCGGGCUCACAGACGUCACGGGCUGCAACCGCGCCAAGUCUCCCUUGCGCUGAUGAAUCAUGACUCCCCGGCUCGCCAGCUCUCAGUUUUUAUUUUAAUCACUUCUUCUCCAAGGUAGAAGAUGAUAGAUGUUAGAGAGGGAGUGUUACAAGAGAGUAAAUAUUAACACUAGGAUGAGACAGGAUAGGUUCGGAUCCCGAAGUGGAGCGGAGGUCGGGGUCAGCUGAAAAGGCUGAACCAAGGAAAUUCUGUAUUCAUUUUCAUUUUCCUUAAGUCAGCUAAUCAAGUCAGUCUUGCUGUCAUUCUGAAGAGUUUUUAUAAUAUAUGGAGAACAUAUAAGCCUGUGAAAUAAGGAAUUCAGCAGUUCUUGUACUUAUGAUUACAGUUCAUUCAUUGCUAACAGGGCUUGAAUGACUGAGAUCUCAAGUAGAAAUCUGUGAAGCUGACUAGAAUCAGCAUGAAGUUGCUAAAAGUACUGAACAUGUUGGGUGUACUUCUACAUCGUGUUCUCGUCUCUUCUAUUCUGCUCAUUUUCUAUAAUGCACCUUUUAGUUAUCAUUGUUCAUAUUUUAAGAAAAUUGAAGGUAAAAGUAGGACUAAAAACUGGAGUUUGAACUGUUCUCCACUCCCUCUUCUGACAGCUCAUCUCAUGCUCGCGCCCACAUGGUUUUCUAAUUUCACCCGCCACACAGAGUAAAUUACUUUCGAAAGCUUUGUUGCCGGUGAUGCGUGUCCCCCUGAAUGAAGUGUCAGUGCAUUUGAUCCUUCUCUUAAAGUGACACAGCUGACAUAUAAAUUAACAAACAAGCAGAGGAUAAAAGCAGUGCUGUCCAGUUGUGUAUACUUCCUUUGCUCUAUAUGAGCUAAUUAGAGGACUGACAGAGCAAACUGCUGCAGAGACAACCGCACUCGCAUGCAGUUAAAACCCAGUUUCAACAGCGUGACAUCAGCUGUUUUCCCCAAGUUGUUUUCAUGCCUGCAUUUGUCUCCUGUUUUAUUUGUAUGUGACACCCAAUUAAAAGACCACUUAAGUAUAAAUUCACGACUGAACCCUGUCCAACUCCAGCUAAAUAAUCCAUGGAAGAGAGUCAUCACAAAACAGAGUUCCUCUUUUCUGAGACAGUAAAGGUCAUAUUGUGGUUAGUGACUUAUUUCACCUAAUAAGCAGAAGGGAUAUGAUAUAAAAAAUUUUGUGAAUUAAACAAAAAAUGUAUACUUACUUACUUAUAACAAUAUGCUGUAUAAACAUAAUAAAACACAUUUUUCAGACUUUGA